AUGGACGAAUGGAUUGAGGUGAAGCCGUACCUACUAGCGGGUGUCAAGAGAAUUAUCGGCCGAGGAGCAACUUUCUGGGUUGGCGAGCUCGACGAUCACACAGUCCUCAAGUAUCCCAACGAAAUCGGCUUACUCGACCCAGAAGAAGCUAGAAACAACUUGUUGGUCGAAAGCAAGCUUUACGAGCAGGUUGGGGAACACGAGCACAUCAUCAGGUCACGAGGCCUUCGCGAGGAUGGACUUCUUGUGCUUGAACGGGCGACGAAUGGCAAUGUCUUCGAUUAUGUCGCCAACCAUCCACACAUGCCACAGACUUGUCGCCUACAGUGGUGUAUCGAGAUAUGCAAGGCGUUGAUCCACUGCCACACCCACCACGUACUGCAUUGCGACAUCCGACACCGCAACAUACUGCUCGAUGACAAUCUCAAGGUCAAGCUUGCCGACUUUCAGGGUCGUCUAAUAUCGACUGGAGGCGAGACCCUCCUAGAGGGUGGCUCUCAGGAGCAGGCUCAGUACUACUGCCCUCGACAAACCGCAAACCAUGCCGAUGUCCAAACAGAUCUGUUCGGAUUCGGCACAACCAUCUUCUUCUUGAUGGUCGGGCACGAACCGUUCCCUCAAAUUACAGGGCACAAUGAAGGUGAUGAUGAGGAAGUUGAGCGGCGUUUUCGGUCGAACGAAUUCCCAGAGGAGAAGCACAUCUGCACCCACAUAGUCGAGAAGUGUUGGGAGCUGGGCUACGACUCUGCCGAGGAGGUUUUACAGGAUCUAGAAACUGUCAUGGUGAAACUGAUGUGA